CGCAACACCUGUCCUGUGGCACCAUCUCUCUCGCUCCGGGAUUCCCGCCGCUGCCGCACGUGUUUCAAGAGAGUCCCGUGAGAAUUAGUAACUGAGAAAAAAGCCUUUAGGAGUCCGAAAUAGAAAUGAAAAACUUACGAAUUGAUAACGAUUAUGAAUCGGCGUUUGUAUUUAGUGAAACGAAUGAUAUUUCUGUUGAAAAAAGAAGCUUUUAACUCCAGACUAUGGACAAAUCUACGUAAUCAUAUAUAGGCUGUGGUUGAACAAACAAAAAACGAAAAUGGACCUUCAUAGUCUUAAAUCACUAAGGUUUUCUAAAAAUUUAAAGUAACUGUGAACAUAAGUUUGUAUCAACAAAUUCCAAGCAGAAAAAAAGUGUAAGUGAUAAGUUUCCAUAUAGCUAAAAUCUAAAAGAAUGUGGGACAUAAAAGACGAGAGACGAAUGCCUUUCAAAAACCAAUACAAAAAAUUGGGAAAAUACUGAUACAUUUGCCCAAACUUCAACAUGGUUGGUUACUCAGGCGUACAGGAUUUAACUAUGUCGGGCUCGGCGCUCGACGCCAACCCAAAAAUUUCUUAUGGGCCCCUAUUCGACCAGGCUCUACCCAUGGGCCAAAUGGGCGCAGCCGAACCGACUUACCACCCCUAUCCACCUCUAGUUGCCUCCAGGAUGAUGGCCUGGCUCUCCACGCCUGCGUCCAUUAAUCCCACCGACACCGUGGUCGCUCCCGAGGUCUCCACAACCAUCACGCCGAAGAUCUCGCUCCGCUCGGCCAUUCCGCUGGCGCUGACCAGGCCUACGCCCACGGCUGUGGCGUGCACGGCUGGGUCGUGUCCUUGGUUUGGGGUCGGGUCGGGCAACGGCCGCAUGAACCAAACGGAUUCGAACUUCACUCAGAACGAUACCUCACCUGCGACCACGUCUGUGGAAUAUCACGCUUUGGACUAUGUGUCGACGUCUGUGUCUACCAGGGUACACCAGAAUUCCACGCCCUCUCCAGGGGCGUCUGCUAUACCGGCCCCACAACCGCCCGUGGUCAGCUCGUUGGUGGCGGCUUAUCUCAUCGUUGUGGUGAUUGUAUCGGUGGCAGCCAACACUGUAGUAGUGGUGGUCCGCGUGUGCGGCAGGAGCCGCCGGGUACGCAGCAGUCACGUGUGUACGCUCUGCCUGGCCGUGUCCGACAUCGCCUUCAGCAUCUUAGUCCACACGAUCAUGAUCUUAGCCGCCCUGGGAGUCGACCCCAUGAUUCUCUUCGAUACGGCAGGCUGCAACUACUACGGAUUCUCUGCAAUGUUCUUCGGCACAUUCUCCAUGUGCAUCCACGCCAGCGUCAGCGUCAUACGGUACAUUAACAUCUGUCAUCCAGAGAAAGUCGAAUGGCUACAGCUGAAGUACGUCUACCUUUUGAUACUCGGAAGCUUUAUUUACUCCACUGCAUGGGCUACGGGUCCACUCUUCCACUGGGGUCGGUACGAAACCUUUGAAUUCGGCUGCACCCUGGCCUUUUCUGACCCAACCAGGAGCGGAAGGUCCUUUGUCACCUGCGCUUUCAUCUUCGUCCUGCUCCUGCCGCUGGCUGUGGUCCUCACCUGCUACAUGCUGAUCGUCAUGCAGGCCAACAAGUACCAGUGGGAAAUGAACCGGAUCUCGAACAAGCAGCCUUCCAACCUCCGGAGGAAGAGCGACGCAGGGAACGCCACUUCGAACAGGAAUACCCAGAGGUCUCUCAGACUCCAUUACAAACUCGUCAGGAUGUCAGUGGUGGUGGCAAUUGGCUACGUCCUCGGCUGGAUGCCCUACGCCAUAGUAUGCAUGUGGGCAACGUAUGGGGACUACACGCAAAUACCCGAAGGGCUGCGCAUAGGAGCUUCGCUCUUCUGCAAGUCUGCCACGGCUUACAACCCCUUCAUCUACUACUUCAUGAGCGAGGGAUUCCGGGCUGACCUGAGAUGGCUGGCAAAACGAGCAGGGCUCUCCGUCGGGCAGCCUGUUUCCGAAAGCACCUUCCAUCUCUCGUGCAGAUCUUCUACCAGGAGUAGCGCCAAAAAGUCGAAAGACAGAACACGAGAGAAUUCCCUCAACAUCAUCAACAUGGAGAGAAAAGAUUCCAAUUCAACUUGCUUAACCAGUGGCCAUAUGGACACUCCCUCUACCCCGCUGACCUUUCUGAUACCCAGAGAAGCUGAGGACGACUUGCCUUUUUAUUCCGUCUCGAAAAAGGUCUCCAUCAGUAGCUGCUCCCGAAGGAGCAGUGGGUGUUCUCACAUGUCGAUCCUAAAUCCCAGGCAAAGGGAUAUAUUCAAGAACGAAUGCUCCAGAAGAGUUUCCGAGACGCCCCUCUCGACUUCCAGGUUGCUAUCAAAUGAUGACUUAGGCCUCAGUUAUACCCCAAGGAGGAGACUCACCAAUAGUGGUUGUGACCUUGGGCCUCUGAGGUACCAAUGCAGAAGAUCAGUGUCUUUUUCCAUAUCUCCAACUGGAACGCCUGAGGCCAGGCCUUCCUCGAAAUUCGGGAAUACAACAAACUGUGACCUGCCGAUGCCCCAUCGUUCGUUCUCAUUGUAUGGUUUUAGGGACAAUAAAAAGUUCCCCAGUAAAAGACCUAAAUAAAAAAAUAAAAUAAAAGGUGUCAGUCAUAGAAAGUAUAAUCUGUUUGAUGUAAACAUCAAUGUAUCUCAAUGUGUUGGUAGAACCAUUAGAUAAAGUGAGUUAAGUGUAAUCUGAAACUGUAUUGCACAUGACUGUCUGGUUACUGUAUUAUGUACUUCUAGAAGAUCCGCCUUUGUAAACUAUGCGUACAGACUACAAACAUUACCCAACGAAAUUUUUAUAUAGAGUGAAAUAAAAUGAACUCUAUAUACAUACAUACAUACAUACAUACAUACAUACAUAC